CAACGAAGCCACUUCAUUUCUGCAGCUAACAACAACAUGUCUUCGCCAUUGCAGUACUACCGAUCUUUGCCGCCGGUGGCCAAGACCUAUACCGUGGUCUGUCUAAUGACCACAGUCGCUUUUCAUAUGGAACUCUACAAAGUCUCCAACAUAGCACUUUAUUAUUCAGAUGUUUUCAAAAGGUUCCAGGUGUGGAGGCUUAUCACAAACUUCUUUUUCCUUGGAGGAUUUUCCUUGCCGUUUGGAUUUCGUAUCCUUACAAUACUAUACUACGGAGUUUCAUUAGAGAGGGGGGCUUUUGACAAGAGGACUGCAGACUACGUGUGGAUGUUCGUAUUUGGAGCAAUCUCACUGCUGGUGAUGGCAGCGAUUCCAUUGCUGUGGUCUCCGUUUAAGGGACCAGCCAUGGUUUUCAUGAUUGUCUACGUCUGGAGCAGGGAAAACCCAAAUGCCCGGGUCAACAUACAAGGACUCGUGGAAAUUAAGGGAUUCUAUCUUCCGUGGGUGAUGCUGGGCAUAGACACCAUCCUUGGAAAUCCGUGGAUGCCUGGCAUUCAGGGAAUAGCUGCGGGCCAUAUUUAUUACUUCUGCACGGUGCUUUAUCCUCUGUCUACUGGAAAGAACUACUUCAAGACUCCCCUCUGGGUUCACAAGCUAGUUGCAUUUUGGGGUGAGGGAUACCAAAUGAAUGCUCCAGUCAGGCAAGACCCUGAUGCCGGAGUUGCGUUUCGCGGCAGGAGCUACAGGCUCGGAGGGCCUAGUCGCGGCUCAGCACGGCCACCAGGCAGCAGCAGCAGCACUUCCUCAGCACAGGAGGGACCAAACGGCCCAGCGCAGCCCACUGGUAGUACAGCCGACGGAGUGGCAUUUCGUGGCAGAAGUCACCGGUUAGGUGCCAGAUAACCCCAUAUAUGGUAAUCAAAGGAUAUUAAGAGCAGCAUGUUUUGCCGUGCCUGCGAGAGAGACAGUUGCUGCAGCUUAUCUUGGGGAUUGGUAGCUUAUUAUUUUUGGGCCUAAUCGAUUCUGGCGGACAAUCUUGCAGCUGUUUUAGUCAUGGGGAAGAAUCAAGAUGCCAUAAAACCAUAAACAAGACUUCCUUGUAUUUUUUAUUUCAUCAUGUCAUUCUCCUUAUAACAGAAUUGUUAGAGCUCUAAACGUGACAUUUUCACAUCCAUAUAAUGCAAAAUGUAGGCUAAUUGUUGUGUUGUUCUGAAAA